CUUAGCCAAGAUGAUGAUGCAACUUGCGGAGGAGGAAGAAGAAAUUCUGAUUCCUGUCUCUGAUUACCAUACGUUUGAGAAUGCUAAAAAUUCUUCACAUAAAAUAGCUGAUAAAGCCAAGCUUGGAAGCACUGAUAGACAGACCUUCUGUGUUAAAUAUGAUUACUAUGAUAAGUAUAUUGCUGCUGGGCAUAAUGAUGGAACCAUCAGGAUUUACAACACAAUGACUGAGAAAGAAGCCUUUGUUAUUAACAAAGACAUGGAGGACCCAUCACCAAUCACCAACAUCAAGUGGAGACCUCCGGCAGCACCAAGCAUUACCAAGAAUGUUCUGAUCUCUAUCAGCGCCAACGGAGCUCUGCAGCAUUGGCACACAACGAGCGGCAAGCUUCUUCACACAAUUUAUGACGAGUUCAACCAACUGCUCGGAGUUGAUUACAAGCCAGAUGGAUGCCAGUUUGCAGCAGCCGGUACAGACACAGUUGUCAGAGUCUAUGAUGAAGCCACUAGAAAACUAGUUUCAGAGCUCAAGGGAUCAGUCUCAGGAAAACCAGGUCACUCUAACAGGGUCUUCUGCUGCAAAUUCGACAAAGAGAACGAAAAUAUUUUACUCUCAGGAGGUUGGGACAACACUAUUCAGAUAUGGGAUUUGCGUGAAGGGGGUUCAAUCAGAAGUAUCUACGGACCUAAAAUCUGCGGAGAAUCCAUCGACAUUCGUGAAGGUUAUAUUGUCACCGGAUCCUACAGAAAAGAUAACCAGAUUGAAAUUUGGAAAUGCGACACUGGAGAUUAUGUAGGUGCCGUUCCUUGGGACGAAGCACUCCCAUCUCAAGAGCCAUGCUUUGUAUAUUCAAUGCAAUUCAGAAAGGGCCAUGGAAAUAUUCUCAUUGCCGGUGGGGCAGUUUCGAACGAAGUAAAACUCUUUGACACAUUCGAUUACUUCAAGCCAAUCGCACAGAUUAAGGACUUGUCUAGAGCAUGCUUCACAGUGGACUUUUCACAGGAUGGAGAUUCAUUCGCAAUGGGCGGAGGAGAUGGUGUGAUCAGAGUCUUCAGUCUUCACAAAGAUCUAUAAAUUUGGUAAAGUUGAUUUCGAAAAUUUC